CGCGUGAAGACCAAAGAGCUAUUCGAGGAGUUCUACGCGAUGGGCGACAGCGAGCGCCAGGCGGGCCGGGAGCCCAUCGCCCUCAUGGAUAGGCUCAAAAUAGACGAACAGCCCCGCACUCAAGUGGAGUUCCUUGAUAACAUAUCCAUACCGUGUCUCAAGUUGGUCACCAUGUUCUUACCGGAAGCCCAGGGCUAUCUGGAUAAUUCAUUUGAUAACCUGAACCACUGGCGGGAACUGAUGAAAGAGUCGGAACAGAAGCGAAAUACACUGAAACGGAUGAACGCCGAGGACAUGGCGGGGAUACCGAUGCCUCGUAUCGGCGGCGUUGAAAAAGCUAAAUCAUUUCGACUAUAACUUUCCCGAAACAUGUGGGACACCCUGUACUGCGUAUACAUAUAAAAAUAUAUUAUUCACAUUAUAUAUCUAUAUGACAAAAAUAUAUAUAUCACAAAAAUGUGUAACAAUCAAAAUUAAUAUAAAUUAUUAUAUUACAAUGUGACAUGUGGAAAUAUAUUUAACAUUUAUAAAAACAUGCUUUAACACAUAUUAUACGUGCCAUAUUAAAUGAUCAAGGCGAUUUACAAAAGUGAGAUAAUUGUUAUAUAUCAUAAUGUGAAAUUCUUAGAGUGAGAAUAAUUAGCAGUGUGAUAUUUUUAAUAUAAUAAAAUGGUGCCCCCUGGUCCUUAUAUGGC